AUGGUUAAAGGAAAUAAGAAAUCAGAUUUGAAUUCAUUGCUUUGUGUGUUCAAUGCUUUGACAGGCUCACAGAUAACCGUACAACUUAGAAAUGAAAAUGAGAUCUAUGGUACUAUCGAUACUAUAGAUGAACAUAUGAAUAUUGAAUUAUCUAAUGCAACAUUAAAGAGAAGAGAUACAACAGAUAGUUAUGAUCUCAUUUUAAUUAAUUCAAGAAAUAUAAGAUAUAUUCAAAUACCUGAUAGAAUAGAUUUAAAUAGUUUAUUAUUCUUAUAUAGUAAAACAUUAUCAGAAAUGAAGAAUAAAUAUCAAAGAACAAGAAGAAAACCUGUUGUACAAUCAACUAUAGAUAGAGGUACCAUUUAUGUACAUGACAAUGGUGAAACUUUAAUUGUAGAUACCUCUAAACAAAACAACAACAAUAAUAUUAAUAAUAGUAAUAAUAGUAAUUAA